UGACUUCCUGUUCUGCGGUCAUAUGACCAAAUUGAAGUCGUAUGAUGUGAGUUGUGUUUGUGUCUUCGUCUCUCUGCUCGGGCGAGUUCAGGGGGAUCGUCUCUGUUCAGAAUGAACCGCACAGAAGCUCGCUAGUGUUCGUUGUUCUGCACGUGACCCGCACGCCAUGCACGUGCCACGCUCUGCUCACAGACCCACCCGCAGCUGAGCCCCCCCCCCCCACUCGAUUCACCUUAUAGCUCCAGUGUCCCCCCUCCCCUCCCCACCAUCACCAUCAUGGAUCCAGACCUGCAGCCCAGUCCUCUGCUCUCCCAGCCCAGUGCGGAGUACUUCCAGUGGGACCUUCGCCUCCAGCUCAUCGGCCUGGGAUUCAGCUUCUAUGCAGCAGCCUUCCUCCUCUCUCACCUCCUGUCCCUGGCUUUGUCCCGCACCUACAAUUCCCUCCCCGCCAAGGAGAAGGUCUUCUGGAACCUUGCAGCCACCCGGGCGGUGUUCGGCAUCCAGAGCACCGUGGCCGGUCUCCGGGCGCUGACUGAGGACUCCAUGUUGACCAGAGACAAAGUGAGAGGACAAGAGGACUGGUCGUGGUUUAACGUCCUCACAGCCACGGGGUUCUUCAUGUUUGAGAAUUUUGCACUACACGCCUCCAGUGUGGUAUUCAGGUCAUUUGACCUCCCACUGGCGACACACCAUUUCUUCGCCCUGUCAGGGUAUGCGGGGGCGGUGGUGUGGGACUCCCAUGGCCACUACCUGCCGAUGGUUACGCUGCUGCUGGAGAUAAGCACGCCGUUCACCUGUAUAUCCUGGAUGUUACUGAAGGCCGGCUGGGCACGCACCCUGAUCUGGAGAGCUAACCAGUGGGUGAUGAUCCACAUGUUCCACUGUCGCAUGGUGCUCACCUACCACCUCUGGUGGGUAACCUUCACCCACUGGGGGGACGUGAACACCCACAUUGCCCUGCCCCCGCGCCUGCUUUUCUUCACUGGCCUUGCUCUGCUCACGCUCAUCCUCAACCCCAUCUGGACACAGAAGAAGACCAUGCAGCUGCUCAAGCCUGUGGACUGGAACUUUGGCAACAAGCCGGCUACCUUAAACGGGGCUGCGGACGGCCUGUCUGGGGUUUCCAUCAAACCUCAUGCUAGCUAAGGGGCAACUGAGGAGGUCCUUUCUUAUCUGACGGAUGCCAUGUUUGCUUUUACUUGUUAUUCUUUUAUGAUGGAUGUUUGAAGUUACUUUUAACAUGAGGAUAUUAAUAUGGAUAUUUUCAAGACUCAUUCUUUUUAAAGCAACACAAUGUAGUUUAUAAAACGGCUUUGAAAUCAUUUACACUCUUAAAAUUUGGAGAGAAGCAUCUCUCCCGCGACGCCUGGAAUUGCCCUAUGUAACUCUGGUGUAUCGUGCAGGAACAAUUGCAACAGGCUUUAUGACAUAAGAGAAAGUGACGGUGUAAGAAACCGAAGCGACAGCGGUGUAAAAACUACGUUAAAAUAAUGGUUUAAUUGGUUUGGGCAGUUUUUUAAAAAUUUUUAUGCUCCGCUGUCAACUUGUGUUUACGACACUGAUAAAAGCGUUUGUCAUCCCUUUCACCUGUAGGGGGAUCCUGAGUGUAGUCGAGAGCAAUUCUUACAUUGUGUUGCUUUUAGUCCCUGAUCUGAAACCCACCUAGAUAAACAUUGCCUCCCAUCAGGUUUUACUUUCUGACAGUUUUCAUGUAGGUUUUAGUUUUUUUUUUUUUUAAUAAUCUUAAGAAAAGACAAUUCAUUUUACAUCUGGUUUGCUCUUCAAAGGUAUGUGUGGUUGUGUAAGGCAGUGUAAUGGGUCACUGCUUGAAUGGGUCACCUUCAAACACUGGAUUGUGAAAGAUCCAUUCUACCAGUUUAAGAACGGUUUAUUCACAGUAGGGCAAAUGAAGGGCAUAUAUAUAUAUAUAUAUAUAUAUAUAUAUAUAUAUAUAUAUAUAUAUAUAUAUAUAAGAUAGCAAAUCUAGCAAGAGCCAUUCAAAAGUACAAACUUAAAAAUUUGAAUCCUGUUUACUCGAAAGAAAAAUCCGCCCACAGAGUUAACUGAUUUGACUUAUUGUGCAGAAGAAAUGUUAGUGUUGUCAGACCGUUUGAAGCUACUGCACACUUACAGUUUUUUUUAGAUUUACAUCCUGUCGUGUUUGAGGAGGUGUUCCACUGUUAAUCUCUUUGCAGCCACAGCUGCUUCUGGUUUGCUGCUGUUUAUAGUUGAGUCCUGUUAGGCUGUCAGUGAAAGAUGACCAGUAGUAACACGUUGUCAGCUUGGGGGAGACAUGAGAUAGGAGAGGUUGUGCUCCUUCUCAGUAGUCAUCCAACGACUCUGCCGUAAAGUCACGUCAAGAAUGUGGCCUUUGUCUUCUGGGGCUUUUACAACAGAUAGUCAGCCCUUAUUGGGCAGUGUAGGCAAGAAAACUGAAUUAUGCUUAAAGCAUUAGGUUCUGAAGGUUAUUCAUUAGCGCUAGUGAAUACUAAGUGGAUAAUGACAUGAGUCAAAUCAUGAUUCUCAUUCAGAGGGAACUAUUUAUUGUGGCCAUGAGAGAAAAAGCCUUUAACGAAUCUUCUUUACGGUGGAAGAAAAAUCAGGUCUGGUUCACUCCACAAAGGCUCUAUUGUUCAGAAUGGAGAUGUAAUGUGACAAAAUGGAAGCAGUACUGAUGCAGAAUAACCAUGAAACCAUGCUUGUUCCUGGUUUCACACUGACAAUAAUUUGAAUUAGAAGUGUUUUGAUAUAGUUUAUGCUUAUUCCUACUCAACCCGCAUCAAUAUUUCAACAUGUAUUUUUUGUUUUUCUGCACAAUGUAAUCAUGGUUCUUGGCCUUGAGUGUUUGAUGUGUAUGUCACAGAAAAGUUGCGUUUAAAUGUCAAACUUUCUGGUCUUUCUACCAUCUGUCACAUUUCUCAGUGCGUUGCCUGUAUCUGUAUUGUUACUGUACCUCAAAGCUAAUUAUGUUAAUAAGCACUCAUGUAUUUUACACUGCUGGUGACUGAAUUGAGCUCAAUUCAACAAGCUCAAUUUGUAGCAGCGAAAUAUUGUCAUCAGAUCCGUUAUACACAUGUGAAAUAAUCAUUUGAUCUCUUACCGUAUGUGUGAGCCUAAAAAUGACCAACAGACUAUAUUCUAUUUACACUCUGCAUUUUCAUUGGUUUUUAUGAUGGUUUAGAUACAGUGUACUGUAUUAUAAUGGGAUGGGUUGGUGGUGGUAUAAGCUCCAUAGCAUUCAACAUCCUGUUUGUGUUUUAGUUGGAGUUGCACACUGUUUACUCUCAAACAGAAUUGUUUCCAUAGGUUUGGUUCAUACUUGAAUGUUUCAUGGUUGUUCAUCUGCCUGUAGGUGGCAGCAUGACAGAAAAUAUGCAUCCUAGAUUUUGGUUUAACCACACAUAAGCUUAACAAUUUUUUUUUUCCACUUCAGGGUUUAUUGACUCCAAAGCACCAACACAGUGCUUUUAACAGGCUUGUCUUAAAGUUGUUUUAUUAAAGUAAACUGUUGAAGAUGAUGAAAAGUUUUCUUUUUUAGUAACAUUCAAUAAAACCAAGUAAUCAUAUGAGAAAAAAAAUAA